AUGGUUAAAGCAAUUAAAGUGGAUAUCAAUAUAAACAAGGAUCCUGCCCUUUUCUUGCCUGGUGAAUCAGUGGCAGGCAAUGUGAUUGUCACUCCGUUAGCACCUGUCAGAGUAUGCGGAAUACAUAUUUGUAUUCUUGGAGAGGGUUCUACUUAUAUUAAGCUUCGUGGAGAUGAGAUUAAUAGUAAUGUUGGUAAUUCUCGAAACCAGCGGUCGUGUCCUGAAAAAGAAAUCUACCUGGAUCAGGAAAUAAUAGCGUGGGGAAGUGAUAAUCGCACCAGUUUACGAGAAUCUCCUAUACUGCAAACUGGUGACCAUACGUUUGAUUUCAGCUUUGAACUGCCUAACAAUAUCAAAAUACCGUCUUCCUUUGUAUUUGGAGAAAAUUGUAAAAUUUCCUACAAAGUCUUUGCUAGAGUUGUACUCCCUGAAAAACCAGAGGAAGUUAAAGACAUUAAAAUUAUAGUGAUAGAACCUGUUGAUGUAACGCAGCCAGAAUUAUCGGAUGGAAGUAAUUUGUAUCGCUAUUCUAAGUUAAAUAUAGCGAGAAAUAAUGAACAUCAAUUUUCAGGUGAUCAUGCAUUAUACAAUUCGGUAAUUAGUGAUAUAGACUUAGAGCAUUAUGGCAUCAAACAAGAAUCAAAAUCCACGCUAAAUCAAAGUACCAUUUGCGACCCUCUAUGGUUCCGGACAUUGGUAAAGCUUACCGCCAAGAUAGAUCAUACCGGUUAUUGCCCAGGCGAUAAUAUCAUCCUUAAUGUCUUAUGCGAAAAUAUGUCAAACUGGGUUCUACCAGAAAUUACUGCAAUAUUAAUUCGCUUUAUACGUUGGAAAGCUAAGAAUUUUACUCGAGAAAAAGAAGUUAUAUGCUCUACAUUUAAAUCACCUCAUGUUACUAAUAGACAAAGGAGAUAUAAAUGGGAAAAUUACAAGCUAAAAAUCAAAGCCAUGCCACCUUCUAUCACAUCAGCUGACAUAAUAAACGUGACUUAUAGAUUAAAGAUUGCGGUAAAAGUGCCAUGCUAUAACGGUGAAAUUGAAGUUUCUGUACCAUUUGUUAUUGGCACACUUCCUUUGCAUUCAGAAAAUAGAUCCCAAUCAACGGAGAUAUUCAGCCAGUUGCCAAUAUCAGCGCCUCCAGACUCACGGGAACUCCCUAGUUACGACGAUUUAAUGACCAAUGAUCAAGGCAUCAUAGUUGAUCGAUCAGAUGUUCAAGUAGAGAUGAAUACUACAGAAAUUACUUUAGAACCUACAGAUGAUUAA